UCUAAGGCUCUAGCCUGUUGAUAUAAAGCCACCGACGAGAAUUUCCUUUCUCAGAAAAUUUCAGAGGUUGAGGUACAUUAAUGACCACUGGGCUGCAGAUCACGAUAUACACUUCCUAGUGAGCUCUUCAUCAUAUGAGUGAUUCAUCGUCUUCUGCGCCUUUGUCUCGGGCAUCAACGGCGCUAUCAUCUCUCCCCUCUCCGGAGAUCCAAUCCCUCAGUCUAAAAGAUGUGACUGACGAGGAUCGGGCACAGGCCGCAAAGAUCAAGGCAGAGGCAAAUCAGGCGUUCGCAAGUCAUGACUUCGUAGAGGCUAUCAGACUCUACUCCCUGGCCAUAGAGCUGAACCCGUUGGAUGCAACGUAUUGGUGCAAUCGCGCUGCAGCUCGAACAAAAUUAGAAGAAUAUGGGUUCGCGCUUGCGGAUGCUUCAAAGGCCAUCGAAGUCGAUCCUAAAUAUGCCAAGGCCUAUUAUCGCCGUGCAACAUGCUAUCUACAAAUUGCGAAACCUCAGCUAGCGAUCGCGGAUUUCAAGAAAGUCGUCGUGCUAGAGCCAGGAAAUAAAGUUGUCCAAUCACAGCUCACAGCUACCCAAAAGCUCGUACGCAGGAUAGAAUUUGAGAAGGCAAUCGAAGUAGAAGGGGAGAAAAACCCUGUAGAAAGAUGUCACGAGAUUAUUGCAGAAGGCGGCUGUGAGGUCGAAAAAACAUAUGUCGGUCCACGGUUGAGCAUUGGGGAUGACGGAAAAUAUGUGAUGACGGAGGAGUUUAUCCAAGGAAUGAUCGAAUGGUUCAAGUCGGGCAAAAAUCUUCCAAGACGGUACGCAUGGGAAAUCAUUCUUGGAGCAUGUUCGCAUUUUGUGAAAGACGAAAGUCUUGUAAACUUAGACGUGGAAGAGGGCAUGACGUGCGACGUCAUUGGAGAUGUUCACGGUCAAUUCUAUGAUUUAUUGCAUCUAUACUCGUUGACGGGUACACCCACCGAGAAGCAUUGUCUUCUUAUGAAUGGUGAUCUUGUUGAUCGGGGAUCGUGGUCCAUUGAGGUUAUUCUUACCGCUUUCGCAUACAAAUGGUUAUACCCUACACGCAUGUUCAUCAAUAGAGGUAAUCACGAAGCAAAAGACAUGAACCGAACAUAUGGCUUCGAAGGCGAGGCAAAGCAUAAACACGGAGAGCAGACAUACAAGUUAUUCGCUCACGUUUUCACCACUUUACCAUUGGCAACGCUUGUGAGCGCCACGAAAGCACCCGCCACAACAAGUGCUACAACGAUUCUGUCACCAGAAGGGCGCAAGAGAUACUUCGUCGUGCAUGGCGGACUAUUCAGCAAAGAUGGUGUCACCCUAGAUGAAGUUCGCAAAAUCCCUCGAAUUGGACGGCAGCCAGGUCAAGAAGGCUUAAUGUUUCAUUUCAGCUUCUCUGGACUGAUCCCCAAACGCUUUCCUGGUCGCGGCCCCAGCAAACGCGGUGUCGGCAUUGCGUUCGGUCCCGACGUUACGAAGAGGUGGUGUUUACUAAAUGGCAUUACUUGCAUCAUUCGGAGCCAUGAAGUUCGUCAGGACGGGUACGCCGUAGAGCAUGAUGGCCUCUGCACAACCGUCUUUUCAGCCCCAAACUACGUGGAUCAAGUGGGAAACAAGGGAGCAUUUAUACGAAUAGAUGCAGAAGGAGAACAAAAGUACUUCCAAUUCGAAGCUACACCUCAUCCGCCAAUGAAACCGAUGGCAUACGCACAAGGCGGUCUGGCAAGCUUGAUGAUGUAGAUCUUCGUGAUGAAUCUCGCAUGCUGGCAUUUAGGUGUACUUAUUAGAUGUUGUAAUGGGCAAGGGCGCGUGGGAAUCUUACUACCUGUAGUUACCAGUCGCCAGUUACGCUUAAGUAUCAUAUUUAACUCUUCU